CUAAUUUGCUACCAGCAAUAUAAUUUAAUGCGUAUCAUUUUUAGAGGUUUUUAUACCGCUCUAGUUGACUCUGGAUAUGCAAGUGAAGGAGAAAUUAUUUGAACAGCCACAUUGAAAAGUAGAUACGGUUGAACAUACACACGUGUAAUAGACAAGUCCCCACAUGGCGUCUAACACCUUCUGUGGACCUUGCAGCAGAAAGGAGGCUUCGUCUACUGCAUUGUCCUGGUGUAGCGAUUGUGAAGAACCGUUAUGCAAAGAAUGUGUUGAUGCUCAUCGGGUUAUAAAGGUGUCGUCUGCGCAUCACGUGGUUGACUUGGAACAUGCGUUGUCUGUUCCUGGAGCUAUAACUACCUCUCAGCAAUAUUGCGAUAAUCAUACAGAUCUCUUUCUUGAUUUGUUUUGUACGUAUCACGAUGCUUUAUGUUGCCGAGCAUGUAUGACAGAAUACCAUAGAAACUGUGAAACAAUAUUACCCAUUGAUAUUGCGUCGAAAGACAUCAAAGAUUCGACGCUGCUGUCUGACUUAAGCGAAGAGUUGGAUAAUAUUAUCGCUUCGUCUAGACAGAUUGCAGACGUUCGCAAGAAACAUAGCGAUGGUAUUUUAGAACAAGAAAACACACUCAAGCAAACAAUCAGGAAAGCCAAGGAUAAUGUGAUCGCAUAUGUAGAGAAGUUAGAACGUUCACUGUUGAACGACCUGAAAGAAAGGAAGGAUGCGCAGCAGGCAGAACUACAAGCUGAAAAGGAAUCUAUGUUGAAUAUGGAGAAAGAAGCAGAAGAACUUCAACGGCAGAUUUCUUAUACGACAACUAAUGGCUCUAAAAAGCAGGUUUUCUUACUACUUCAUAAAGUAAAGACUGGCAUUGCAAACAUGGAUCAACGGAUAGAAAAGACAAUACGAACAAUGCACAAACCAAUAUUACAGUUCAAAGAAUCUAAUAGUGGCUUUACCUUAAGGGAACAAUUGGGAAAUAUACAAUUAAGAAACGAUACGUGUUCAAUCACAUAUAAUUCACCAAAACUCAGAUUUGCACAAGUCUUGCCAGAUCCAAGUAACACUUUUAGCACCUUAGAAUUCGAAAACAAAUUCGAUGUUGAUACUAGUCCUCAAAUGCAAAUAACCGGUAUGACAGCAACAACGGGUGGGAAAUUGCUAUUGUGCAAUUACAGAAAUAAUAGCAUUUUAGAGUAUGACUUGAGUGGGACAUUCAGUUCAAGUUGCCCAUUAUUCGGUGCUCCUUGGGACAUUACCAUAGUUCCAGAUGAAAAAGCACAUGCCGUCACUACUAUGCCGAAGAGUAGUUCUAUUCGUUUUAUUAACACCGAAAAUCUGAAACCUGGAAAAGCUGUUGAGCUACCGGGAGUCUGUUACGGAAUAGUGACAUCUAAAGACAAGAUUUUGGUCGGUGGCAUGAAUGAGUUUUAUAUUUUGACAACAGAGGGUACUCAUUUAAGCACCGUAAAAGUUAAGAAACCAACAAGAAUGUGGUACAUGAAUGUAGUGAACGACAAUCUAAUUUACUCAGAUCAGAACAAAGUAUUCUGUGUUAAUCUUGAGGGACAGGAAAUAUUUGUUUAUAGUUCACCCGGUCUUUCUAGACCAAUGGCAAUUGCCAUGGACCAUAAGGGUAACGUAUAUAUACCCGGAUGUAACUCCAACAAUAUUCAUCGCAUAAGUGCAAGCGGUUCGUACGUGGAUACUGUUCUUGGAAAAAUAGAUAAAAUUUCGCAUCCUUGGGCCAUGUGCUUUGACCACAACUCAGGAAAACUAGUGUUUGCUAACGACGACGGCAAAACAAUUUGUGUCUUUAAGUGCAAAUAAAACAUACUUUUAAUGGAUACUGUUCCUUAAUAUGAAAUGCAUUUAUGACUUAUGAAGUCAAAAAAAAACUAUAAAAGUUUUAUUGUUUUGCA